AUGUCUACCGCGAAAGCCGUCGCUGCUGCGGCUACGACGAGUGCUUCUCCUGACAAGACCAAUGCGAGCGCGAGCAACACCGAACCUGCCUCCUCAUCGGCUGAUCCAACAACCUCGGCAGCAGCGCCUACAAGCCCCAGUGAAACGUCCACUAACCCCGACCCCAAACCCACGACUUCUGCCACGGUGACUUCGGAUUCUUCCCCAGCGCCUUCGACUGCGCCUUCGCCUUCGACUACGACUACAGCCCCUCCCACGUCGACUGUCGAACCCACCACUUCCACUACCACUUCCGAGGCUCCCACAACGACAACCGCCCCAAGCACGACAAGCAGUGCGAGCACCAGCAGUACGGAGACAUCUACCCAUACCACUGUGCCCCCGAGUACAACAGUCGUAGUAGUGACAUCCAGCGACACUGUCUACACAUCUCCAGUCGUCAGCGCAACCCCAACUUCGACUGACUCUGCGGCUGGAGCGUCAUCAAGCCCCGCCGCUAAGAGCAGUGGCUUGUCCACCGGUGGUACCAUUGCCGUGGCAGUUGUUGUGCCAGUGGUUUCGGUGGCCCUUAUUGUCGCGGCCGUGAUUUGGUUCUGGCGCAAACGCAAGGCGAAUAAGGCGGCAGAGGAAGAACGCCGUAAGGAAGUGGAAGAAUACGGCUUCAACCCUAAUAAUGAUCCUACGCUGCCUGGUGUAGGAGGAGCUCUUGCAGCCAAAGAUGAUACUGCAGCCGGUUAUCGUGGCUGGGGUACGACAUCGGCCGGACGGAAAGCGUCUACCAAUCUUUCGAGCGGCAUGGGUGGCUUGGCCAUGUCAGAGGGUAGUGGUCCCGGUUACUACCAUGGGGCAACCCCCAGUGAGGGAACUGUGCAUUACUCGGAUGGCGUCCGACCAGAUUCGGGCGAGGUCGAGCCUGUUGGCGUGCUGGGUGCAGCCCCGGUGGCUGCCAAAAAUAACCGGGGGGAUAUUCAUCGGGGCCCCUCUAACGCAUCAUCCGCCUAUUCGGCGGCUAAUCAUUCAGAAGCAUCGGAAGAGAGCCACAUGUCAGCAGCUCACCCCUCAGGUGGAUAUUACGGGGAUAACCCAUACUAUGGAGAUUUGAGCCAGCACGGCGCAUAUGGUGAGGAUAAUUACCAACCCGUCAUUCGGGAUGUGUCAGCGCGUCGCAACACUCGCAUUGAGAACCCUGGUGUUUUUCCUCGGCAAGGGAACGCCGGGAUUGCUCAGAACUUCUGA